UCCUGGUAAGCUGCCUAUUUACAGCGUUUACGAGUGUGUUUCUCAUCUUAUACCCAACCUACCUCAUACCAGUGCCGCUACGGAACGUUUACGGAAGUGAAAACAAAAGUCUGCUACGAAACUUCGAAUUCUUUACCAAAUCGAGCAGCGACAGACCUAUACCGUCUAUGCCCAAGAUAGGAAGAACCUUGUCGAAAGUUGAGGGUUCAGAUGGAGGCACUGAGUCGAUGAACGUUGAGCAAACCAAAGAACCGGAAAAGUACAAACUUGCACAAACUCCGGGAAGAAACAUUCCUGCUGUUGCCGCUAUGAAUGGAACGACACAGGAGGUUGUCCGCUCCAUGUUGUGGCUAGAUCAUGGAAAAGACUCAACGUGUUCACCUUUGCAACAUAAUGUGGCAUUCAUUAAAACCCACAAAACUGGAAGUACAAGCAUUGGUCACUUGAUUAAUCGAUUUGGUUAUCACCAUCGAUUAUCGUUUGUCUUGAAUAAACACAGCCGAAUUAAUGGACAUUUGGUGUAUUAUAAUAUCACGAAAAACACUGCAAAGCUAAUGUUUUUGCCACCUAUUAACGUUAAACCGCGUGAUUACAAGCAUUACAAGUAUAACGUCAUUGCAGUACAUGUCCGGUACAUGCGACCCGCAAUGACCUCGUUUAUGAAGCCAGGCACAAAAUAUAUAACAAUUCUACGAGAUCCGGGCAGUCAAUUUGAGUCCGCCUUUUCUCAUUUUAAGUUCGAUGAUGCAUUCCCGUUAGAGGAAAGACGGAAUUUUAAUACUACUGUAGAUAAAUUAGAACACUUUUUAACAAAACCAAUAUUUUACCGUGACCGAUUGAAAGUGCUAUCAUGGGAAAAUACUCCAGGACUGCUGUGGUUUUACGCGCGAAAUAAUCAAGCUUUUGAUCUGGGGUUAGAUCAUAAGUAUCACAUGAAUACAAGUAUUGUGGAGAAAUUUAUCAACAGGUUAGAGCGAGAGAUGACAGUAGUUUUGCUAACAGAGUACCUUGACGAGUCUUUACUCAUUUUGCGCAAGAAAAUGUGCUGGACAUGGAGUGAUAUACUGUACGUUGCGAAAAACAGACGGCCCGAAGUGGAGACUUUACCAGAGUUACUACGCGAAAAGAUGCGUUCGUGGAACGCUGUGGACUCUAUGUUGUAUAACAAUUUCAAUCGUACACUGUGGAAACAUGUUGAAGAAUAUGGCCAAGAAUUCGCAUCAGAUUUAGCUUUUUUUAAAGAAAUGUUGGUGCAAGUGUUCAACGAGUGUGUUUUAAAGCAAUAUAAACAAACUACGGGACGUGGUUUUCACUGGAUAGAAUACCAACAAAGACAAGGAUCAUCCAGCGAGUGUGAGCUCCUUGUUGAAACUAAAAGAAAGUUAUUUAGUAGAAUAUGGAAGCGACAAUCUGUCAUGCGCAGGAGAAGAAAUAGAAAAAAAAAGAAAAUAAAAUAAUAGCCCAGAACGUCUCAAAAGUAUUUUCGGGCGUCUAGAACUCAAAAAUUGUUAUAUAAAAUAGGUUUGUUAUAAAACUUCUGAAAGGUUUCUUCUUUUGACCAGCCUGCCAUUACCAUAAUAUGUUCCACCGGCACUUGUCUUAUAUUAGCAGCCGACGCCGCUGCUGUCCUAUAAUAAUAAUAAUAAUAAUAACAACUUUAUUUUAUAACGGUCAAAAAACUCGUUCACCCAAGUGGGUGUUCUUCCACGAGGCCGUAUGGACAUUAAACAAAAUAAUUGUGUUAGAUUAAAAUAAUUAAGUGUUAGUACAAAGAAA